CACUCGGGGGGUGGCGCCGCCGGAGCGGGCUCCCCUAUGGACGAGCAGAGCCCGCUGUCUCCCAAGGCCAACGCGUUUAGUAUCGCCUCUCUGAUCGUAGCGGCGGCGGAGCGCGCCAGCCGGGAGGCGCUGGGCCCCCCGCAGCUGGCCGCCCCGGGCCUGGCCAAGGCUGCAGCAGGAGCGGGCGGCCCCCCGCAGAGGAUGCAUUUCAGCACAGUCACCAGGGACAUGGAAGCCUUCACUGCCAACAGCCUGAGCAGCCUCAGCGCCUCCGGGGGAUACCACCUCUCGCCUUCUCCGGCUGGGGACCCCUACGGGCAGCACGAGCCUCCGCAGCCGCAGGCGCCCCCACGCUACGAUCCCUGCGCCGCCGGAGCCGCCGCGCAGCCCCACGGAUAUCCCUUCUCGGGCCCGGGCGGCCCCAACCCUCCGGCCGGUGGCGGCGAGCCAGAGGGCGCCGGGGCCAGCUGUGCCUCGGCCGGGCCUGGCCCGGGGGCCGUGGCUACCAAGGCGCCGGUGAAGAAGAACCCUAAGGUGGCCAACGUGAGCGUGCAGCUGGAGAUGAAGGCUCUAUGGGACGAGUUCAACCAGCUGGGCACCGAGAUGAUCGUCACCAAAGCCGGCAGGCGCAUGUUCCCCACUUUCCAGGUGAAGAUUUUCGGCAUGGACCCCAUGGCCGACUACAUGCUGCUUAUGGACUUCGUGCCGGUGGACGAUAAACGGUACAGGUACGCCUUCCACAGCUCUUCAUGGCUGGUGGCAGGGAAGGCAGACCCUGCCACCCCAGGCCGGGUCCACUACCACCCAGACUCCCCAGCCAAGGGCGCCCAGUGGAUGAAGCAAAUCGUGUCCUUUGACAAGCUCAAACUCACCAACAACCUGCUGGAUGACAAUGGCCAUAUCAUCUUGAACUCCAUGCACAGAUACCAACCCCGCUUCCAUGUGGUUUAUGUGGAUCCACGCAAGGACAGCGAAAAGUACGCCGAGGAGAAUUUCAAAACCUUCGUGUUUGAGGAGACACGUUUCACAGCUGUCACGGCCUACCAGAACCACAGGAUUACGCAGCUCAAGAUCGCUAGCAACCCCUUCGCCAAAGGCUUUCGGGACUGCGACCCUGAGGAUUGGCCUCGUACCCACCGGCCAGGAACGCUGCCUCUUAUGAGCGCCUUCGCCCGCUCGCGGAAUCCGGUGGCCUCGCCGGCCCAGCAGAACGGGGCUGAGAAAGACGCUGCUGAGAGCCGGCGGGAGUACGAGCGAGAAGCCAGCGGGACCCCUCUGCACGCCGAUCCGGCCCACCAGCAGCUCAUGUCCCGGGUGCUGAGCCCGGCGCUGCCCGUCCCGGGAGCAGGAGGCUUGGUGCAGAUCACGGCUACCGCAGGGGGCAGGCCGAGCCCCCCGCACCACGAACUACGCCUGGAGGCGCCCAGCGCCUCGGAGCCCCUGCACCAUCACCCCUACAAAUACCCGGCAGCCGCCGCGGCCGCGGCCGCCGCCUACGACCAUUACCUCGGGGCCAAGAGCCGGCCGGCGCCCUAUCCUCUGCCCAGCAUCCGGGGCCACGGCUACCCCCACCCGCACCAUCACCACCACCAUCACCACCACGUGAACCCCGCGGCUGCGGCCGCAGCGGCGGCGGCCAACAUGUACUCCUCCGCCGGGGCUCCGGGCAACUACGACUAUGGGCCAAGAUAACCCGUCUCCCUAG